AUGACUAUUAACAAACACCACUACAUAAGGCCAAAAGGGAGUUCUGGAUAUAUGAGUAUUAACAAAUACAACAAUCACCUGUCGUCACUGCCACCACCCACCGCCACCACCUAUCAUCGCUACCACCAUCACCACCACCACUGCUACCACCAUCGCCACCACUAUCGUUAUCACUACCGCCGCCACCACAACUACAGUCUCCACCACCACCACCACCACCACCUACCACCUACCACUGCCAUCGCCACCACCUACCUCUACAACCACCACCACAAACACCAACCAUUACAACCACCACCUAUCAUUGCCAUCGCCACCACCUACCUCCACCACCACCACCACAAACACCAAUUAUUACUACCACCACCACCACCUGCAACCACCACGACGUGGAUGGUCGCCACGACGUGGAAAGAGGAAGGCCAUGACGUGGCAGCUGAUGCAGCCCAAACCCAUUAUUUUUAG